AUGGAGCAAGAUCAAUCAAAAAUUAAAAAAAGAAUUAAAAUUAAAAAAAGUCAAAAGCCUUUGGUUGUAAGUAAUAGGAAGCCUUUCAAUGUUUCUGAAAAAAAAAAAAAUUCUAAACCUCUAGUAAGAGAUCCUAGAUUUUCUGAAUUCUCAGGUACAUUUAAUCCAAAUUUUUUUAAAAAGGCUUAUAAAUUUUUGUAUGACUCUAGAGAGGAAGAAAAGAAAUUAAUAGAAAAAAAGUUAAAAAGUAAAAAUCUGAAAGAAGAAGAAAAAAUAGAAUUAAAAAAAAAAUAUAAUAAUUAUAAGAGUGCUGAUGUAUUAUUAAAUAAAAAGGAGGAAGAAAGGAAGCUAAAAUCCCAGCUGAUAAAGGAAGAAAAACAAAAUAUUUUAACAAAAAAUAAAAAGCCAUUUUAUUAUAGUGAUAGGAAAAUAAAAAAAAUGGUCGAAGAAAAGUUUUUAAAUAAUAAGAGUAUAAAAAAAGUUAUUAAAAAAGAAAAAAGAGUUUUACAAAAAGAAAAAAAAAAAAAUAUGAUACCAGAAAGGAGAUAUUUUGAAAAUAGAGAUUAA